UGCAACCAUGAAGUGUUCAGAUGUCAGGGCAGAACUCCCUUUGGUACACAGCAGAAAAAUACAGUGACAGUCUAUUAGAUUUAACAUAAUGACUGACAAAGGACCACAAUAAAAAAAAUAGAUAAUCACAUUAGCACAAUGAAGACAAUAUCCUAGGUUUUACCUUACGUUUCACUCAAUAUGUUAAAAUAUACUUUAUGAACUUCUCAAAACUGAACAUUGUACAAUCAAAUGUAUUUAAGAAAUGGUGAGGCACUUCCAUGUACCACUAUAUUUUCUGAUAACAUUUAAGGGGACAUUACACUAGAUGUAGUUACUAUAGUUCAAAAAACUGAUUCCAACUUUCUAUCUUUGUUAUUAAAUAUAAUAAGCUUUUUUUAAAGAGCAAAAUCACAUCUCAGAAACUCCAUCAGCUCCCUUUUCACAGAGAACCAAAUCAGUACAACAUUGACUCCUUAGCUAAAUGAAUCUUUAUUACCAUAGGCAUGUCCAUAAAAAUCAAAGAACAGAUUCAGGACAAUAAAUUGAAUGAUCACUGAAUCGAUUCUCUCAAACCUAGUUAAACCAAUGAAUCAGGCAUGUUUGAGCAGUGAGCACAGAUAGAUUUAAGGAGUCACUGUUGUACUGAUUUGGUUACCUGUGAACACAGCCAAGUUUCUGAGAUGUUUUUACUUGUUUUAAGAUACAACGCUGGAAAAAAACACCCCAAACAGUUUAGAAAGUUGAAAUAUGAAACAUGUAACAUAUAAUGGAAGACAGAGAAGCUGCUGUGUAAUUUAAGGGAUGAAUUAACAUUUGAUAUUCACUGGCUUAUCAGAUAUAACAUGUCAGAUUAUCUAUUUUAUAUUCUUUAUAUUCAAAAAACAGUUUUAAUCAAAUGACUGUAAUAAACAGGCCUUUAUAUUAUCAUCUUCAAUUGUUUUUUUGUUUAUUUAUUCUUUACUAAUGCCUACUGAAAGAAACUAGCUUAUUUCCUACUGGUAUGUGUAGCAAUUAAUUUUCAGUAUCUCCUUAAAGUAUGCAGCAGGAUAUUACAAUAAUGCACCCUGUAAACCAACGUCUCUAUUUUAUUUUAGAUUUUAUUUAGAUUAGUACAGUAGUUAUAGUAAUAUACUAUACUGGUGCUACACUUGUUAGAAAAUUGUAAUUUAUAAAGCUUAAUUUUAAUUCCGUUUUACUGAUAGUGUUAAAAACUACAUGAGGUUUGAGAAUGUAAAUCAGUCUUCUAAAUUAUGCUAAGUACUUCAAGUGUCUCAUGUCCCCUUUAAUGUAACCAUAAGCCUUUCAGAAGUGAAACUUGGAAAAGAAAAAAAAGUCAUACCACACACAACGAUGCACGGUGUGCUUGGAAGCUGAUCAACUUCAGAGGGCAGACAUGUUUCAUCAACUGUCAGGAACAUCUUGUCCUGGUCUUCACCGAAAUGGCUCAAAAGAAGCAUCACACAUGCAGGAAUAUCAGCAUCUAGAUGCUUAGCUUUGGCAAUUGCCAUACCUGUUAGGAUGUCUUCAGUUUUUCUUUUUUUCUCACAGGACAGGAGAUAUGAAACGACUCUCCCACAUUUGCUUGACAGAGCUUCUCUAUCAACAUCCACACCUGUUAGUUCUUUAAAGUGAGCAAUCAUGCCACACAUUUCGAACAGAUAUGGCCACUCUGUGAUCAGAAGAGGGGUUUCCAUUCCGCUUAUUAUGUCACUUCUUUGAGUAAAGAAAGUUGACACCAUUUUCUUUUCAACACUUUUGGUAUCCUUGCUUCGAUUUUUGUGCAUGUUUUUUAAGUCUUCUUUCGUACAUUUCUGUGUCUCCAUGGUUUCACCCAGUGGCAUUCGCUUUGGUUGCCAAUUUACACAGCCAUAUGCAUCAACUCUGAUCUUCUUUAAAGGUACGUCUUCUCCCUCCUCACUUGUGCUAGAUGCUUGUCUUUUUAAGGAAAGGGAAGUUUUCCCCCUUUUAAGAUUGUCAGCUCUGCUCUGCAGCUGCUUGGUUAAUGAAUCAUAACCACUGCCCACAACUUGACCUUCAAUGACGUCUCUGAAUGACAGAGGGUAGGCUGAAACAAUCUUCCUAGCGAUUGCAUCAAAGUGUUUCUUCCCUGGUGUGGGGCAGAUGGUUAGGACCUCUCCUACCACCAGGCGGAUCAUCUCGCGCCUUUCCCGUCCUGUUGGCCGCUCUUUGUUUUGGAGUUUUCUCAUAAUCCCUGAUGGUAUUUUACUCCAUGGGAGUUCAAAAGUAAAGUGCCAGUUGUUGUCUACUGGAGUUAAUCUAUGAGGAGCUGAAGAUGCAGUUGAGCUUGAGCUAGACAGUGGAGAGUUGGGAUCAUUUUCAUAGCGUUCACCUGAAGAGGACACAAAAGUAUUUAAAAAUAGUGAUACAUUUUUGCAUUAGCCAUUGGCCCUGAACAAAACUUCUACAACAUACAGAAAAUGUGGGAAAAAGAAAACACAUGACCUAUGGUUUAUGGUUAGCCAAUAACAAAAUUACAAAUUGUAUCUACUGUGCAUUGAUAGCAACAGCAUCUGUUUCCAAUAAAGGGGCUGACUAAAUCAGAAUGGUAUAAGAAUCAUACAAGAAUUUUCAAAUUCAGAUCACGAAAAGGGUCUCAAUUCCCCAUACCGAGUCUCAAUUAACUUCUUUAGCAUUAAGUUAUCAAGCUAUAUAUAUAUAUAUUUUUUAAAUUGGCUAACGUGAAAUUAUAGCGAGAUCAUGAGGUGUUCAAUGUAUUCUUGUAAAAUGUAGUUAUGAGCUAAAAAAAUAGUUUGAAGGAGAAAUUUGAUCAUUUAUCUAACAGGCGGAAGAUAUGUAGCCCAUGAUACAGGGUUGUGGUAAGAGAGAGCUGUGGCAUACGCUUUCACACAGCAAUAUAAAAUUCAUAUCACAGAAGAAUUAUGACCUGUUUAACUUCCCAACACUACUUCCUUAUAACAUAAAUAAUCUAAUAUCAAUGUUUGUUUCUGUAAAAUAAAAUAUUUAAAUCUAAAUGAAACAAUGUAUGUCUUACUAAUUUGUAUUGUGUACUUUUUUGACCAGAUGAAAACACGAUUAAGGAUAAAAUUAAACCAUUUGGAUGGUGUGCAAGUGAAAAAAAGUUUGAAUUGAAUAUUAAUACAUCAUAUGACUUUUUAGAACUAUGUACAAUGCAAGAAUAAUAAUAAUAUGAAAAAAUAUGCAGUUUUUAUAAAUUUACCCCAGACAAAUUCUCAAACAUACUUGAGGAUGAAUAGUCUCUGCCUGGCAUUACACUUGUCAUCAUUCCACUGGGUGUGGCUGUAGUGCUCAUCAUUCCACUGGGUGUGGCUGUAGUGCUCAUCAUUCCACUGGGUGUGGCUGUAGUGCUUUGUGAAUCAGCUCUGGGUGAUGGGUCAGGAUUCUCACUGACAUUCUUUUCAGCUGGAUACAAGACAAAAUUGGAAUUAUGGUUCUUCCAUCUCUAAUUUUGUUAAAGAAAAUAUUGCAAAUAGGAUUAUCUCAAAUAUUGUUGUUUAUUUUUUUCCCCACACAUACACACAUUUUUAUAACUCAAAAAAAAAAUUAUACUUACAUAAAGCUUUAACACGUGCAAUGAGUUUUCUAGCUUCCACUGGCCUCAGGACAUUGACCAGGGGGGUAUUCCAGAAAGCGGGUCAAGUGACAAAACCGGGUAAGUAAACUCUGAGUUAACGGAAACUCAGAGUUUUCUGAGAGAGUUUUCUCUCUUCCCCUCAGUUGUCCAACUCCCCCUCCCUCUGUCGUCCAACUCCCCCUCCCUCUGUCGUCCAACUCCCCCUCCCUCAGUCGUCCAACUCCCCCCUCCCUCAGUCGUCCGAACCCCCUCCCUCAGUCGUCCAAACCCCCUCGCCGCUGCUGCAGCUCUCGCACCCCUGGCGCGGCACCAACUUCGCCUCAGCGCCUCGUUUCUCUCGUCUCUCUCGUUUCCCUCUUCCCCUCAGUCGUUCAAACCCUCUCUCUCAGUCAUCCUCCUUCUUUAUUUCUGCGUUCCUCCUGCUGUUCUCCAACAGUGUUGCCAACUUGCCAACUUAGUUUUUGUUUGUUAUUGAGAGUUUAAAUGAACACACAUGCUCUUCAGUUUCUCCUCAGCGAGCAGCAGGUGCUGCCGCGAGCCCCGCCCACGUCACUCAGCGCAGUCUCAGUCAGACCACACACUCACACCGCUCUUCAAACACGCUGCAACGAACUGCGCAUACCUGAAGCCGCCGCUGACUGUCAAAAAAAAAAAAAAAAAAACUUAAUCAUGUAAUUUACGUUAAAAUGGAGUUAUUUUCAGAAGUCUCUGCCUAUUUAUAAAAGCAACAGACGUAGUUCAUUUGUUAGAGUUCAUUUGUAACAUUCUAACAUUUAAGGGGUUUUAAUCACAAAUUGCAGCCAAUGGCUACUUUCCUUACUGAGCAGUUGGCAACACUAUUCUCCAACCCGUCCCUUCCAGCCAGCCUUUCUCCUUCCUUUACUCCGUCAAUUCUCUCCCCGCCUCCUCUCUCGCCGUUUCUCACCGGGCUGCAGCACCCGCUCAGCUCCUUGCUGGAGCUUCAUAACCUUCAUUCUCCAUCUACAGCGCCGCCCCCUCUCAGCUCGCGCUGCGGUUCAUCUCCAACACUGGAACCCUGCUACAUUCCAAGACGCCCCGGAUCUGGAACUUCAUUGACGUGUGUUUGCAGGACGAAGCUCCCCAUCCCGCGAUGGGCCUGGCUGUCUAAGGCUGACGUGGUUUCGGCUUUCAAAAUCCUCCCUCUCCAUCCUGACUCCUGGCGCCUUUUCAGAGUCCGUUUUUCAGUUCACCUUGCUUUCGGGUGCAAAGUAACCCCAAGCUUCGACUCCUUUGCUAAGGCGCUCUGCUGGAUUUGCUUAACACGGCCCCAGUUCGUGCUCCACCUCCUGGGUAACUUCGUCAUCGGUCCUCCUUCCUCGCCCCUCUCGAUGGGUCUUGAAGCCAUGACCAGCGCUUUCACUCGCCUCCGUGCCCCGCCGUCGGAGAACUCCGUUGGUCCCUCCACAUCUCUCGAGUUUCUUGGGAUCUUUCUGGACUCCGCCUCCUUUCAAGUCUCCCCGCCCGUACCUAGCACCGUCUUUCCCCCCUCGGCCACUUUAUUCACAACCCAAAAUCGAACCCAGGGUCGUUCUUUCAUUUCCCGCCUCCUCCGCUUGGCUUUUUCGUCCGAGCCCUCCACCGUUCGUUAUGCUCAACUGAUACUGCACGUCAGAGCUCCAUUUCUGGCUGUGCCUCCUCUGCAAUCGAACGGGUUUUUCUUCUAUGCCAACGCAGCUUCCAGCUCUUUUGAUAUUAAGCUAUUCACAGAUGCCGCUCCUUCCUCUGGUCGCUUCUGCUUGGCCGGAGAACUUCAUCUACUCCGCCGCGCGAUUCUUCUGCGCUCUCUGGACUUAUAUGCGGUCCUCGUCGCUGCCCUCCUUUGGGGACAUGAAUGGUCAAAAUCUAUUCUACUCCACUCUGAUCAAUCUCGCCGCAGUCCACAUCAAAAAAAAAAAAAAAAAAAUUGCUCCAAAUCGCUAGAAAUCUUGCCUUUUAUCCGUCGUCUCACUUGGCACUCCAUUAAGCAUCAGUUCACCACUAAAGCUGUUCACACCUCAGGUCCAUUUAAUUCUAUCGCUGAUAGAAUUUAAUUCUAUUCUUUUUCGUUUUCGGUUACAGAAAUUCAGAUCCUUGGCUCCGCAUGCAAAUGCAACCCAACCUCGGUACCUUCAUUUUCACAAACUACACUUCACCUAACCCCCGUGUAAACGAACUGAUCUUCCAAGCUCAACAAACCAUCCUUUCAGCCGUCCUUCUACUUGGAUUCCUCAGAUGCUCAGAAUUUACUUCCCUUAAAAUCUCCCACAACUCCUUCUCAGCCCCUAAUUUCAGAUCUCAUCAUCCUUGACUCAGAUACCCUUACCUUCAAGAAUGAAGCAAACGGACCAAAUUGGCAAAAACCACGAUCCUCUAUCUAUUCAAACUUGACUCACCCCUCAGCCCGUACGAACCACUCGUCCACCACUUAAUCUCUGCCUCUUUCAACAAGCAUCACCUUUAGAUCCUCUGUUCACAACGGAAUCUAGUAGUAUAAUCUCAAAGCACUGGUUCCAACACAUCUCCGUCGCAUCCUUUCUCCCAGUAGUUACUCACCAGAUCAAUUCUCCGCCCACUCAGUUUACAUCGUGCAGCACCCAACGCCUCCAGACAAGGAAUCUCCGAGCACACGAUCAAGCUCCACGGCCGGUGGUCUUCCCAAGCUUAUAACCUAUACAUCCGUUCUCAACCAGACGGUUUGAGACAGGCUCAUUCCAAACUAGCUUCCACACAAGCUCCAAUUUUGGGGAUAUAACUGCACGCUUCUUCAAGCACGCAGUUCAGAACUCCAGCCCAAAUUUCCCUGCGUUCCCUCCCUUUUUUCCUUCUUCUUUCUCUACUUCUUUAGGCGUGGUCCGCACUUAGCAAAAUGAUGUUAUGUAAUAACAAAAGUUUGGGAGAAGGACCACGCCCGAACUCUACGUUCUAACUCCACCCCGUAUCAAUCAACCGUCCUAUAAAUACCUCCCCUAACUAACUAUCUCUCGUGACGAAAGUUCGCAACCCACCUCCUCCCCAACAACCCCCUUUUUUCUACUCUUCCACUUCUCAUUAAAUAAAAAGGGGGGGAUAUAACUGCACGCUUCGUCAAGCACGCAGUUCAGAACUCCAGCCCAAAUUUCCCUGAGUUCCCUCCCCUUUUUCCUUCUUCUUUCUCUACUUCUUUAGGCGUGGUCCGCACUUAGCAAACAGAGAAUAACGCUUUGUAAUGUGGACGAAAACAGGCAAUACACGGUGUGUGUGUGUGUGUGUGUGUGAGCAGUCCUUAUACAACAGGUAAUCAGUAUUCAGGACUUCCUGGCCGGGGCAGGUGAGGUGUCACGUGAUCAGCAGAGGGUGUGGUGCAUUCUGGGUGUUGUAGUUGUCUGAGAAACUCAGUGGAGCUAAGUGUGGAAGGACAGGGAGUGCCUACAACACCAGACGUGACACUAUCAGUGCCCUGAUUCCACCACGCACGGAACUUCCCUUAGGGAAAGAAUGUCAAGUUUGGGCUUAUACAAGAAGCACUCGCUUGAUCAUUCUCUCCUUGCCAAAUUCAGCACUGCAGCAGCACUGACCUGUGCUUCACGGACAGGGUUCUGCACGAGGACUGCAAGAACUACAUCUCGUUCCUGAAGAACAUCUAGAAGGCGGCGUCAAAACAAGUCAGCAAGGAGACUACCAG